GGAAAUAUUUGAUUGGACAAAGUCAACACUGAAUUCUAAUUGGGUGAUAUGAAAAUCAUGGAACUUCGUGGUCUGAUAAAUAUUAUAGUGGUCAACUGAGAAGCAACGUUUUCUGUUCUCGUCUCCGUGUGGCAAGUUCGACUGCAGGAUUGGUUAUGAGUGCUACGGUGGCUGUCCCGAUGAAGAAGGCAAAGUCGUCGAAAACGAAGACGCCAGCUAGUCACCCGCCAGUAAUCAACAUGAUUACAGCGGCAAUUUUGGCAGUUAAGGAUCGUAAGGGCAGCUCACUCGCUACAAUCAAGAAAUAUAUAGCCGCGAAUUACAAGUUUGAUGUCGAAAAGCAGGCAGCACAUAUUCGCCGUGGCAUUGUGCAUGGUGUUGAGAAAGGUGCUCUUAUACGGGUUGGAAAUAAGGGUAAGGGCGCAUCUGGUAGCUUCAAAGUAGCUGAAAAAAAAGUUGCUGACGCCAAACCCAAGGUUGUUAAACCGAAAACUAAAAUGCCUUCUGCUGUUAAACUCAAAUCAACUCCCAAAAAACCCAAGGAAAAGAAGGUCACUAAACCGAAAGUUAAGACUCCGAAGAAGCCAAAAGCUGCCGUGACGAAGAAGCCAGCAGCUAAGAAGCCGAAGACUCCUAAAAAGACUGCGACUAAAAAGGUGGCUGCAAAGAAGAAGUAAUGUGGUUUGAUGGUGCCUGUAUAGGUGCUGCUACUACGGAGAACGUGACAACGGCCCUUUUCAGGGCCAAUCACCAAUUGGUUUUUAUUUUCGUUUGUUUAUCAUUGUGUGCGAUGAUGGCCUACAUGACGGCGUAGUGUGUCAAUUGGAUGAGUCGUCUGUCACCUCAUGAAAUAUCGGG